CACUGACGGAUUACGUUGCAGGAAGGGGAGGGACGUAAACAUGGCGUCUGGACAGCAGUGGGUGUUGGUGGAAAUGGUACAGGCGUUGUACGAGGCUCCAUCUUAUCACCUCAUUUUGGAGGGCAUCCUCAUUUUAUGGAUAAUCAGGCUUCUCUUCUCUAAAACGUACAGGCUCCAUGAGACGAAUAAACUGACUGAAAAGGAAAAGGAAGAUCUUAUUGAGGAGUGGCAGCCUGAACCUCUUGCUCCUACGAUUUCCAAAGAUUCACCCUACAUUACCUACGAUGUUGUCACAGGACCUCCCAGCCACAAAAUCAUAAUCAAUGGAAAAGAGUGCAUUAACUUUGCAUCAUUUAACUUCCUGGGUCUCCUGGACAAUGAACGAGUCAAGCAAAAGGCACUGUCAUCCUUGAAGAAAUAUGGAGUCGGAACAUGUGGUCCUAGAGGAUUCUAUGGAACAUUUGGUACGUGAUAUAUAUAUAUUUUUUCUUGCUAAUUCUUUUGUUA